CUUAUUAUAAUAAAGCAGCAAAGUGCAUUUUUGAUUGAGGUGUGGUCAGUGUGCUUUAGAUCCCACAGCAAAUGCUGAGGAGGACCCAGCUGAUGCAACCAGGGUACCUUCAGAUUGACAGAAGCCGGUUCCGUUUGUAACUGUGUGUAUCUUUUAUGUUCUGUUUAUUGAACACAGUUUAUCGGGUGUAUGAUUUCCAAGUCGCUAUGUCUGGAACAGGUCGCGGCCGAGGCAAAGCACAAUUCACUUUCAACAUCGAAGCGAUCGGCUUUUCCCGAGGCGAAACUCUGCCUGAAACAGCGUGUCAACCCCUUCCUUUGUUUCCGCCCACAGAAUUUAAGCCUGUCCCCUUGAAUACAGGGGAAGAUGUAAACUAUAUGCUGGCCUUGAAGCAAGAGCUAAGAGGAGCCUGCAAGAAACUGCCAUAUUACAUUGACCAUGUCAAUACAAAGAAAGAUGUUGAAAGAUAUGCAAACAAGUAUCAAGAAAGAAAUUGCAAUGAAGAUUGGAUACCAGAUUGGAGAAGACUUCCAAGGGAGCUAAAGCCAAAAACCAAAAGGAUUAAAAAGACCAAAACUGUACCAACGGUUUCCAAACCCAAAGAACCUCAAACUGUCAUUAGCAAAUCUAAUGAGGAAAUAAUACAGACACUCGAGGUUCUAGAGAAGAAGGAUUCAGAACAUAAAUCUGAUGAAGAAACUGAAGAGAAGGAGAAAGAUAAAGGUGACGAAGAGGAUGAAGUUGCGGAAGAAGAAUAUGAUGAGGAAGAAUGUGAAGAGGAAAAUGACUACAUUGCAUCAUACUUUGAUGAUGGAGAUGACUACGAAGCAAGUGAUGAUAAUAUGGAUGAAGCUACAUACUAGUUGUGUCUGCCGGAUUAUGCAAUUAAUGCAUACUGUGAAAGUGUUCACCAUUCCUGCAGGAUUGUUCUAUGUGUCCUCAGGUCAUUUGCAGGGUUUUGUUUUGCACAUGUAAAGGAAUUCAAAUAAGAAAUAUUGUUUACAAAGAAGAUAAAUGGGUUCUACUUUAGCCUCAAUAAGCAUUCAUCAGUUAGCGCUGGUCACUUUAGACUGGUUAAUUGAAACAAAUCUUGUUUUAUAUGCACUUAGGUUGGUGGUUGCACUGGCAUUCAUGUACCUAUGCAAGUCUUGUAGCAAAGAGCGAGAAGAACAUGUCAAAAUAUCUUCCCUGGUGGUAAUUUACGUCAGCAGUUUCAGAUAAUGAUUAUUGACAGGGAUCACUAUUUAUUCUGAACUGUAAUAUAUUCUAAGUGAAAAUAGACUGGUUUAUUGCAUCUUUGGUGCUAAAAUGUGUCAGGUCUUUCAACUGAUUCUGACUUAAACAAGCAUAAAAAAGAAUUCAAAGCAAAGGGUUGGAAUAAUUUGAUUUAUACUGCAUGAAUAUUUAGGAGCACUUGUGUUGUUCUCAGGCUUAAAAUUGUUCUGUCGUUAUUGUUAUCAUAAUGAAGUGCAAACACGUUUUUAAAAAAAAUCAAUUGCCUCCAUUGCCCAGGCAUGUAACCUACCUCUUAAAAUUAUAAUUUCACAAGUAUAUGUCCUUGCAUACUUCAAGCCUCCAGAUUAUUGUCAUCUCUUCAAUGUGAUUGGUUUUAUUCUUGUGUUUGUGCAUUAUGGGGCAUUGCUUGCUAGGCUAACAUUUACUAUUCAUCCGUGAUUACCUUUGAGAGCUGAUGAGCUGCCUUCUUGAACUGCUGCAGUCCUUGGGAUGUAGGUAACUUUGUGUUCUAUCAGGCAAAAUAUAAAAUGCCUAGUAACUUUAAAAGAAAGAGGCAGACCAAGGUUGAAUCUGAAUGUGAUAAAUCACUAACCUCCGAACUAUUCUCAUUGAAACAGUAUUUAAAGAUCAUUUGUUUGUUUACAAAUACCGUGAUGAAUAGUAUCCUACAUGAAUCCUCUAUGAACAGGAAUUUAGGAAAUGAUAUGGCAGAUCAUGAAAUGUGGCCAAUCUGUCCCAUUGACUUUCCAUUUAAAAAAAAAUUCCAGGCUCUUCGAUACAUCUUACCGGCUGACAUGAUCUAAGUUAUGCUCAGUAUGGCUGCCUUACUUCCUGCUGUGCCUCCAAUGGCUGGGUACUCUUUGGCAAUCAAAAUUGUACAUCAUACACCAAAUAUGGAUGUAUGAGAGCUGCCUCAUCACCUCUUGUGAAGCCAAUAUGUGGUUAACUAUGCCUAUAGUUGUUACAGUGUUGUGUUUUGAUUCUGUGAGCUGUCCACGAAAUAAUCAACUCUUCUCCUGUAGCCCAGACUGCUAUAGCUCUAAUUAUACUUUUUAAUACCUUCUCCAAAUUUUGUUUCCCACUUAGCAACCUGACUACUUGAGUGUCCCCUUUGUUAUUGCCGAGCCUACAUUCAAGAACAUUGUUUUCUGAUUUCACCAGUAUUUAAUCUAAAUGCCUCAAAUUCCAUGCCUUGUGAGCAAGCGACACAAUCAAAAGCUUUUCUGAAAUCAUAAAAGAAUUUGGUUUUCAAGAAAAGACAUGUGCCUUUCAUGUUCUCAGGUCACCCCAAAUUUCAGUUGAUGGAUUGCUUCUGAAUCAUAAUCUCUGUUAUUUUGUGAACAAAAUCUACAGGGUCUCUCAAAGAACAUACAAGUAAAUGAAUAAAUAAGCUAUUUUAGUUUGGGUAAGAAAUAAAUACUUGUUCUGCACUAAAGUCCCUGCUGAAGUUAUAAAUUCAUUCUUUUUUCCAUUCUGAACUUAAUCAUAAACCUUAACAUAAUGUUGUCAAAGAUUCGAAGAUGUCCUGUGAACUCCUGGUUUUUACUUAGCAUCAGGACAGUAUUUUGAAUAGGAAAAAAUAGACCAGUCAGUCUGCAACCCUCUUCUAUCAUAAUCUGCAUAUAAUCAAGGAACAUGUAGACAACUUUCUAAGUGGUCUGACUGGAAGGUCUCGAAUUAUCCUGACAGGUUAUUAAUGAACUAAUGACUUGAAAAUUAAAGUGUAAUAUUACCUUGCCUUUACAUUUUUUUAAUAGGUUUUGUUAAUGAAUGAAAACCAGUAAUAGCAGGGCUUAUUUGCAUUUGAUUUUGUAUA